AUGACAUUGUGACGCGACACACAGACAUCAUAUCAGCCUUGUCCUCUGCUAUAUAUGCUGAUGCUGAGCGAGUGCGCCAAACAGAUGCAGAGUGGCAGCGAAACACUUCACAACUCACUGAGAGAAAAGUCCCACACACACCCAUACACACACACACACACAGAAACCCAUGUUUCUGCAUCUUCGCCAUGCCAAGUCUAGUCACAGUAUCACCGCCAAGGGAGCCACAGCACCUCAACAUGGACGCUGAGGACAAGAAGAGGAGAAAGGCUAAGGGAGGAAACCUGAAAUCUCGAUUGCACUGCAGAUCCUCUGAGGCCUCGAACACUGAGGGGCGCUGUUUUGAGGAGAUGUCGCAGUGGUCUCACUCGCUAGAGAGGCUUCUAGCAUCAAAAUAUGGCACGAUGGUAUUUCAGGCCUUCUUGAAGUCAGAGUUCAGCGAUGAAAACAUCGAGUUUUGGCUCGUGUGUGAGGACUACAAGAAGAUCAAGUCUUCCUUCAGGAUGAGCUCCAGAGCCAAGAAGAUAUUCAAACGCUACAUAAAGGCAGAAGCUGCGAGAGAGAUUAAUAUCGAUCACAAGACGAGGGAGCUGAUUUGGUGGAAUGUGAAGGCGCCCACCACAGAGUGUUUUGACGAGGCCCAGAGGAUUGUCUACGGCCUAAUGGAGAGAGACUCGUACCCCCGUUUCCUCAGAUCCGACAUCUAUAGGACAUUACUGGACUCCACAUCGAACUCAACGAAGGUGUGAGAGAGACAAUGAGGCUGGACUGCUGUGUGUGGGGCUGGCAGGGAGCAGCUGAGGUGACUACAUUUGGGUCUUUGCUCUUCCUGGGACUGCUGUUGGAGGAUUUUUGAAGCAUGACUCCAACAAUUUACAACCUGGAUCUUUUUCUUUUUUUUUUUUUUUUUACAUCAUGCUGAUCAACCCUGACCAACUUCUAUUUUUAAUUGCUUCACUGCAGAGCAACUUAUGGUCCUCUGCUGAAAAUGGAUGCUCCAAAAAUCAGCCCUUCUUGGCUAUUACUUUGUUCAUUCUUUGCUCAGUGGCUUUGGGCUGCCUGUGUACAGUCGGGCAAAAUAAACAGUGAAAGCUGUCAGGUGAUGGGCAAAAUGUAAAUUUAAUUUAUGCAUGUCAUGCUGCUGGGUGUUUUGUGCUUGACUUUUACAGUGACCACUGAGCAGAGAGGGCAAGACUGUAAGUUGUUCCAUAGUGAAGCAACCAACAGCUGACUAUAGUCACAGUGGAUUGGUAUGAUGAAAAAUGCUGAGGAAGUUGUCUUCAAAUCAAGAAUUAGACAUGCCUGAGUUAUGCAUCAGUCAACGUAUAAAUGCUCGUCUGGGUUUUUCUUGUCUCUGAAGUUUCCUGCUCAUCCGCUGAGAAAAAGAACCUGAGUUUUGUAAACGCAAGAGACUUUGCAGAGAUGCUGAGAUUAUAUGAUUUGAUUGCUGGGGACUUUCUGUUUUAGAGUCACCAGGAAGUGUCUGUGGUGCAAACAGCUUACACACAGGACAAGACGCAAUAUGUGUGAGCUAGCAUCCGCAGUUGCUCAUUAUCGUACUGUUACUGUCACUAAAGUAGUAGAUAAGAAGUUACUAAUAGAGCUGAGGGCUAUUUCUGGGCAGAGUUAUGUCUUUAAAAACUUAGUUCAGGUUGUCAUUGCUGUGACAUUGAAAUAACUAUUACACAUUAUAACAUAUUUGUUAAAAGCUAAACAUUGAGGACAAACCACAAAAGGUUUUAAAAC